AUGGGUGAUCAGACAGCCAUGAUAAAGGAUAUGGACAUGUCCGAAGAGGUGCAGCAAGAUGCUGUGGAGUGUGCCAUUUUGGCAAUAGAGAAAUAUAAUGUUGAAAGAGAAAUUGCAGCCCUUAUAAAGAGGGAGUUUGAGAAGAAAUACAGUCCCACUUGGCGCUGCAGUGUAGGAAGGAAAUUUGGCAGCUGUGUGUCUCAUGAGACCAAGCACGUCACCUUCUUCCCCAUGCGUGGAGUAAAUAUGUUUCUGUUUAGAGCUGGUUAG